GCUCACAUCAUCUACAGAGUGCAGAAUGCAAAAUGGCGUUUGGCGCACUGAGUUUCUCUUCCGUCAUCACCGGCAGCUUCAUUGCUUCGACUUGCAGGAGUACUAGGGGCUCCAUUGGUAUCGUCUGCACAUUAGCUGCUUCCCAUGUUCUCAAGAACCGCUUUAAGAGCAGCUUUGCUAAUUGUGCUGGGGAUUCUAGCAACGGCGCACUAGUCUGUCUCGCUUCUGGAACAGAUGUUGGCGCCGUAAUCAGUAGCUCUGCGGUUAACAGCUACCCCAAAUACAAUCGUUUACUUCCGUGCCCAUUGCAAAAUGGGCCACCAAGAGUAGAACACCUAGUUGUUUCAGAAGGAGGGCCUGUUCUUGAGUAUAUUAGUAAUGCUUUGGAUCUUCCUCACUUGUUCGUUGCAGAUCUUAUCCAUUUUGGAGCAGUGUACUAUGCAUUAGUGUGUCCAGUGCCACCUCCAAGUGCGACACCUGAGCAAAUUAAGUUGUUUAAAGAAGUGACUGCACCAUCAGUUUUGAAAAGAAGACAGUCCAUUAAAGGAAAGACUGUGCGGGAAGCACAGAAGACUUUCCGGAUAGCCCAUCCUAAUGAGUUUGUUGAAGCUGGAACAUACUUACGAGUGCACAUACACCCAAAACGCUUCCCAAGGUGUUAUGAAAUUGAUUGGAGAUCAAGAAUUAUAGCCGUGGCUGAAUCCUAUGUAGUUCUGGACAAACCUGCUGGUACAUCAGUGGGAGGAACAACAGAUAACAUUGAAGAAAGCUGCGCGACUUUUGCCAGUCGUGCUUUGGGAUUAACUACUCCUUUGAAGACCACCCAUCAGAUUGAUAAUUGCACUGAGGGCUGUGUUGUGUUCGCUAGGACCAAAGAGUACUGCUCGGUCUUUCAUGGCAAGAUCAGGGAGAAAAAAGUGAAAAAGCUUUAUCGUGCUCUUGCUGCUGCACCUGUGUCCGUUGGAAUAAUUACCCACUAUAUGCGCCCAGUUAAUAUUGCUCCAAGACUUAUUUCAGAAGAUUAUGUGAAAGGAUGGUAUUUGUGCCAGCUUGAGGUGUUGGACUGCAAGGAAGUCCCCUGGCCAAAUGCCAUCAUCGAAGAGAAGUAUUCUGUUGAUGAUUGUGGAUGGCCUUCAAAGGAUGUUGCUUAUGAAUGUAAAAUCAAUCUCUUGACAGGGAAAACUCACCAGGUCCGAGCACAGUUGGCUGCCUGUGGAGCACCUAUAGUCGGUGAUUCAAUGUACAUGCCUGCUGCAAUUGCAGAGAAGGCCAACCCUGGAAUUAACCCAUUUGGUAAAUGUAAGAAAGAGUAUACAGAUGAGAAUGAUAGAGUAAAGGACGUUGAAGAGUGGAUUGCACAGCAUGGGAAGGAACCAAGCAUUGCUAUUGGUCUCCAAGCAUGUCAGAUCUCAUGGGACGAUGGAGAGCAUCAUUAUGAGGCCGGAUCUCCAUGGUGGAGAUGAUAAAUACACAAGGUAGCUUUGCAAGGUCUUGUUUGUUGGACCAUUCUUUAUAUAUUGUAACUUAUUUAAUUAAAAAAAAGAAAAAAAAGAAAAAAAAC